CCCUCCUUCCGCCCUUGCGAGGAAACCCCGCGGCCGCUUUAACCCCUCCCGCCUUCCCUCAGGCCCCUUUCCGGCCGCGGCUCCGCGCUCGCCGCCAUGCCCCUCGCCAAGGACCUGCUGCACCCCUCGCCCGAGGAGGAGAAGAGGAAACACAAGAAGAAGCGGUUGGUGCAGAGCCCCAACUCCUACUUCAUGGACGUCAAGUGCCCCGGGUGUUACAAGAUCACGACCGUGUUCAGCCACGCUCAGACCGUGGUGCUCUGCGUUGGCUGCUCCACCGUCCUGUGCCAGCCCACGGGGGGCAAGGCUCGGCUCACAGAAGGCUGCUCCUUCCGACGGAAGCAGCACUAAUGGAUGCGGCACCACUGGGAUCCUCGCCCUGGCUCCGUGUUGAUCCCAAUAAAUUUUGGAUAAAAUAAGGA